UUGAAUACAGACAGGAUGAAGACACUUAAUUGUUACAUGCUGUUACUUUGCUGGAAAGCAAUUUGCUGCAACAGCUGUCAGCUCACCAAUAUUACCAUAGCUGUGGAAAGAGAAGAAUGUGAAUUCUGCAUUACAGUGAAUGCCACGUGGUGCUCAGGAUACUGCUUCACACGGGAUCCAGUAUACAAAUAUCCACCAGUAUCAACUGCUCAGCAAACCUGCACCUUCAAGGAGGUUGUGUAUGAAACAGUGAAGAUCCCUGGCUGUGGAGACCACCCUGAAUCUUUUUAUUCAUACCCAGUAGCUACAGAAUGUCACUGUGACACCUGUGACACUGACACCACUGACUGCACUGUGAGGGGACUGGGGCCAUCCUACUGCUCCUUCAGUCAGAAUGGAAGUAACCAGUGAAGGGAACUGGAGACAGCACUUUGGCUUUACAUGUUCCCUGCUAAGUAAAGGUACUGUUCAGGUUUAAAAGGAAAAUAACAGCCUAGGCUAUUUAGAAACUGCCCAGAUUGAAACGAAGAUUUUUAAGGCCAAAAUGAAGAGCUACUGACUAAACUCCUCUUCAGGUCCUCCUUACUUAACCUAUCAGUUGCCUUAAAAUCAUUUUAAUAGGUCUGUUAAAAAUGCUGCUUCCAAUUUCUUCCCCUUCCCCCCUCUUCCUCUUUAUAACAUCUUCAUUAUUUGUACUUCUGUAUUUCCACUGCCUGCUAUUCUAUGCUAUUCUGUGCAUUCAAAAAGUUCCCAAGAUUCAGGUCUUUAUUAUG